CAAAGUUUGGCAUUGCUAAUUUUUGAGAGAGAGAGAGAGAGAGAGAGGGAAGGAUGGGAGCAGUACAGGGUUCGAUGAACUAUGUGCUGGACAAGUCAAGGGAGACAGCGAGUGUGAUGGGGGCAGAGAAAUGGAUCAACUAUGGGCCGGAGAAGUCGAAGGAAUUUGUUGCAGUGCUUCAGCCCUUUGGCAAGAUUUGUAUAGCAAAAGUACCGGACGAGAUUUUCCCACCGCUGCAGCACUUUGGCAAGCUUUGCAUAGCAAAACUGGACGAGGUUUUCCCACUGCUUCAACGCUUUGGCAAGCUUUGUAUAGCAAAAGUACUGGACGACGUUUUCCCACCGCUUCAGCAGUUUGGCAAGAUUUGCAUAGCAAAAGUAGGCGAGGUUUUCCCACCAGAGAUUACAGCAGAGCAAAUGAAAUACUGGGUCAAAGUUGGCACUCCUUGUAUCAUCGGCGUGGUGGUUAUUCUGAUCCUCCUUCGCUUCUUCCGUGGUGGCGGAGGAGGAUCGAUGGCCAGGAUGAUGAUAGCUCCCGGAACCGGCAGGGCUUUCAGGAUUCCUAGGGCUUCCUUUGAAGCAAGCCCCAGAUCGUAUUUCCGCGGUCUCCGUGGAAAAUGAUCAUAUCUGCUGUAAAACUUCCCAAAGUUUGAUCUCCCUAUGUAUGUGUGUGUGUUGUCUUAGUUUUAUGUGUGUUUCUUGCUUGCUUUCCAAUGCCAACUGUUAUGUUGGCUCGUUUGGUGUUUGAAUUUUGAAGAAUUCUGUGUCUCCCUCCAUAUAUGUUACUAGGCAUAUAAUAAGUCCAUAAUUGUGAGGGACUAUGAAUUCAGCAACGGUACUUCUUGAUUUGCAAUAAUAGACUUUACAAGAUCUAUUUA